AUGAAUAUCACUCCCUCAACUUGCGAAGAAAAACAAAUCAAAUCAAUAAAAACCACCCCUUUGUUAAAUUACCAAAAUAAAUUAUAUGUCGUUCAGUCAAUAGUUUAUCUAGAAGAUAACUCCAAUGCUUACAAAUUGAUCGAGGAACCACUAAAUUCAAACUCACUAUUACCGCCCCUUUCAUUCGUUGAUAACUUGUUAUUUAAAAAAGGUAUUGCAAUUAUAGAUUCCAUUCAAUCAGGCAAAGGUGCCAAUUUAAGGGGUGCUUUUUAUGAAAACGUUAUAUUUCCCAUUUUAACAUUGUUAAAUAAUGGGAAAAAUACAGAAAACUUAAUUAAAUACAAAUAUUUUAAAACCACAUCUUCUGACAGUAUGAAAUACUUUGCUCGAAGGAUAAUUUCCUCUAAAAAACAUGAAGGAGAUCUAUCCUCUCCCGAAAAAACAGUUUUAAUAUUAUCUGGUGAUACAAGUAUUUCUGAAUUUUUAAAUAAUCUUCCACCAGAUCAAACACCGCUCAAACAGUUGAACAUUCUACCAAUACCCUUAGGAACAGCAAAUGCUUGGUGCAACUGUAUUUUAAAAACAAACAACCCGACAACUGUCUUCCAAAAUUUUUUAUACAAUGAGUACCGCCCAAGUACCGACCAAAUUCCACUUUAUAAAGUGAUAUUCCCCGGGGGAGACUAUAUUUUCAUGUUCAUCAUAUUUUCUAUGGGAUUUCAUGCCAAUUUGCUAUCAUUAACCACAAAUGACGAAAAAUAUAAACAUCUAGGUAUCGAAAGAUUUAAAUUGGCAAGCAAAGAUAUUUUAGAUCAUUAUGAUUUGAAUAUUUCAAUUAAAAUAGGUGGUGCAGAUAAAUUUUGUAACUAUAGUUAUUUUGCUCUUUUAAAUUUACCCAAAUUGGAGGAAAAUUAUACUCCCUCGCCCAUUUCAAAUCCAUUAAUAUCAAGUUUGCAAUUGUUGGGCUAUAAAAGUUCUUUAUUGAAAAAGGGAAAUGGAUUGAUAGAUGCAAUAUUGAACGGAUACAACACUAAUCCUAAUGAAAUAAAAAACUUUCUUUCGAAUACAGAGGGUGUCGUAACAAAAUCUUUCAACAAGGAUUUUGAUAUCGAAGUGGAUCUACCAGAUAACGAUAAACAUACUAAAUUUGAAGCAUGUGUAGAUGGUUACUUAUUCAAUUACAAAAAUUUCCAGUCAAAGGAAAAAAAGGACGACACAAAAUAUGUUAUUGCUUUUAAAUUUAACGAAAAUCCAUGGAAAUCUAAAUACAAAGUGUGUGUAUAUUGUACUUCUAUUUUUUAA